AUGGAAAUGAGCACGAAGAGAACGAAGGCAACUGAGAACGAAGAUGAUGUGGAGUACCAAUUGGAAGAAACAGACACAACUGAUCAGUCUGAAGAGGAGGUCACUGGUGCUGAAGCUGCUCCUGCUGAAUCAUUCCAAUCCAAACGUGGCAACAUCCGUUGGAGCACAGUUCCUCCUGAUGUGCAUGGAAGGACAGCUGCUGCAAACAUCAUCAAAAUGACCCCUGGGGUCACGAGUCUUUCAGAAAUAAUCCAAGGCAUCCGCGACGACGUGGCUCUGCCGGGCUUCUCCCACUUGUUCAAGGAGAACAGCGAGGAGGAGAGGGAGCACGCCGAGAAGCUGCUGUCCUUUCAGAAUAAGAGAGGAGGCCGAAUCGUCCUCCAGGAAGUCAGGAAACCAGAGAAGGAUGAGUGGGGCAGUGGGUUGGAAGCCAUGAAGUGUGCUCUGGAGCUGGAGAAAAAUGUCAACCAGGCUCUGCUGGAUCUGCACAAGCUGGCGACUGAUUAUGUUGAUCCCCAUCUGUGCGAUUUCCUGGAGUCCCACUACCUGAACGAGCAGGUGGAGUCCAUCAAGAAGUUCGGUGACCACAUCACCAACCUGACCCGCAUGGAUGCCCACAACAACAAGAUGGAGGAGUACCUGUUUGACAAGCACACCCUGGGAGGCAAAAGCUAAAUGACUAGAAGAGAACAUGGAGUAGAAGUGUGUG